ACACAACACAACACAGUAGUAAAAAGUAGUAGCAACAUAUGGUUGUUGUUGUGCUUUGCAAUUCUCAUUCAUUACUAACAUUUCAUUCUAUUUCUCUGCUUCUUCUUCUCUCACAAGCUAAAAAUAAAUAAAUAAAUAAAUAAAUAAAAAAAAUUCAGCAUUGCUUUCUCUUCAAGCUUAAUCGCAUGCUUCUUCCUUUAUAAUCUUNCCCUAUUAGAUGCUGAUUGUUCCACCGUCCAAAACAAAACCACUAACAUUUUAUACCUUCUUCUUUCUCUCUGCUCCUGCUCCUCCUGCAUUGGAGUGUUUCAAUGGCGAAGCGUUCUUCUAUUCUUCUCUUUUUCUUCUGCUUGAUACAAACACACGCCAUUCUAGACCCAACUGAUUUCCUAGCUCUGCAAUCAAUACGCAAGUCUCUUGAAGACAUGCCUGGUUCUGAUUUCUUUUCUUCUUGGGAUUUCACUGCUGAUCCUUGUAACUUCUCCGGCGUUUACUGCGACUCCGAUAAGGUUAUUGCUCUUAAUCUCGGCGAUCCUAGAGCCGGUUCAGCUGGUUUAACAGGACGACUUGACACGGCCAUCGGUAAACUAUCUGCUCUCGCGGAGUUUACCGUUGUUCCAGGAAGGAUAUAUGGUCCUAUGCCUCAAACCAUUUCCAAUUUGAAGAACCUCAAGUUUCUAGGCGUUAACAGAAACUUCAUCUCCGGCGACAUUCCGGCGGGGUUAGGUGAGUUACGCAGUCUCAGAACUAUCGAUCUCAGUUACAAUCAGCUGACCGGAAACAUUCCUCCGACGGUGGGAUCAUUACCGGGGUUAACGAACCUGAUACUCUGUCACAACCGUCUCUCCGGUUCUAUUCCCCGGUUUGAUUCUCAAAUCCUGAGCCGGUUAGACCUAAAGCACAACUCUCUGACCGGUUCGAUCGCUCCAAACUCUCUCCCUCCGUCUCUUCAGUAUCUGUCAUUGUCGUGGAACCAACUUACUGGGUCGAUGGACCGGGUAUUGAGCCGGCUGGAGCAGUUAAACUAUUUGGACCUUAGUCUGAACCAGUUCACGGGAACCCUCCCAGGUAGGAUCUUCUCAUUUCCUUUAACCAAUCUCCAAUUAGAAAGAAACCAGUUCUCCGGUUCAGUGGAACCGGUGGAUCAAGUCGCAAUCCCAACCGUUGAUCUGAGUUACAACAGGUUAUCCGGUCAAAUAUCGCCUAUGCUAGCUAGCGUGCAGAAUCUGUACUUAAACAACAACCGGUUCACGGGUCGGGUACCGGCUAGUUUCGUGGAUCGGUUAUUGGACGCAAGCAUACAGAUAUUAUAUUUGCAGCAUAAUUAUCUAACGGGAAUUGAGAUUAGUCCAACGGCUGUGAUUCCAGAGAGAAGCUCACUAUGUAUGCAGUAUAAUUGUAUGGUCCCUCCCGUAGAGACUCCAUGCCCAUUGAGGUCUGGGAAGCAGAAAACAAGGCCUACUACACAGUGCAAUCAGUUGAAGAGUUGAGACUCAUCAUCAAUACAAGACCGUUACUCUUCACACCAAAAUAUAUUAUUAUAUCAAUAGCUUCUCUUCUUCUUGCUUCUAAUAUUUUAUUAUUAUAUUUUUGCUCUUUCCGUUCAUUCAUUAUUAUUAAUAUUCGUUUCAUUUUGUGAUAGAUGCCUCUGCCUAGGGGGAAGGAAUUAAUUAAUAGGGUGAAAUAAGAAGAAUGUGAAUACUUAUCAAACUGUACCUAUUUUUGUCCUUUUAUGCUCUCUAUAUAUUACUAAUGUAAUAUCAUUCAUUAUGUUAUGCAAUGCAAAAAUUAACAUUUUUUCUUCA